AUGUCAAAUGUGAUAACUGAACCUGAAUUCUUAAAUUGUGCCAAAGAGGGUUUUGACCUCAGUUCUCUGUGGAAUUAUUCACAGUACAGUCCAUAUCAAGAAAUAGAAGAGCAUAAGGAAAAUUCCCUGAAAUUUUCCGAUCGGGAUUUUUCCAAAGAGGUUGUUAAUGUUUAUGGAGCUUUAUUACCUAAGAAAGAAUCUACAGAAGGAACAGAAUCAGAAGUAUCAGCAACGAAGUUGAUUUGUGUGACACCAGUCAAAGAAGCAUUGUACAAAAUGGCCCUAGCUGUUGCGGCAGGGAAACCUGUUCUGUUGCAAGGACCAGUGGGAAGUGGGAAAACAAGUCUAGUGGAACACCUUGCCGCACUAACAGGAAGAAAACCAUUUGAGGAUUUGUUAAAAGUUCAACUUGGGGAUCACAUGGACAGCAAGAUGUUGUUGGGUACAUACUGCUGUACUGAAAUUCCUGGUGAAUUCGUCUGGAAACCAGGCGUCUUAGUUGAAGCAAUGACGCAAGGUCACUGGCUGCUGAUGGAGGACAUCGACAGUGCCCCUAUGGAUGUGGUGUCUCACUAUGAAACAAGAUCCGUUUUUGCCCAUACCCAACAAGCAUCGCUACUUCUUGAAAAAGUUGCUGUUGCUAUUUCUAAUCAGGAGCCUGUGUUAUUGGUUGGAGAGACAGGUAUUCUUGUGGAUGCAAUGAGAAAUGGUUAUUGGAUCAUACUUGAUGAACUUAAUCUCGCCCCAUCUGAAGUAAUGGAAGCCCUCAACAGGGUCUUGGACGACAAUCGUGAACUCUUCAUCCCUGAAACUCAAACUACUGUGAGAGCCCAGCCUGGUUUUAUGGUAUUCGCUACACAGAAUCCUGCUGGGACAUAUGGUGGAAGGAAGCUGUUAUCCAGAGCUUUCCGCAACAGAUUCAUUGAGCUUCAUUUCAAUGAAAUACCUCCAGUGGAGCUGGAGAGGAUAUUGGCAGAGAGGUGUCAACUUCCGGGUUCUCGUGCUGCCAAAUUGGUUUCUGUCAUGCAUGAAUUACAGAUGAGACGCAGAGAUAGCGGUGUGUUUGCCGGAAAACAAGGAUAUAUCACCUUACGUGAUCUUUUCCGUUGGGGUGAGAGAUGUAGAGAUUCUCCUGCAACUGUAGACUGGGCAAAGUUCUAUGCUGAAGAAGGCUACAUGCUUUUGGCUGGAAGAGUUCGCCAGCAGGAAGAAGAAGAGGUCAUCUUAGAAGUACUAGAAAAGCAUUUCAAGCAAAAAGUGGAGCCGCAUGAACUGUUUUACUCGAAGAUAACAUCGCCAACUACUCAACACAUUUUAAAAGAUGUGUUGCAUGCAGAAUUACCAGAUGAACUUAAAAAUGUUGUAUGGACUUCCUCCAUGAGGAGACUCGCUGCAUUAAUAGGCAAAGCCAUGCAGUACAAAGAACCAGUUUUGCUUGUUGGCAACACAGGAUGUGGGAAAACUACCUUGUGUCAAAUUUUUGCUCAUAUAUGUGGGAAAAAACUGUAUUCAGUGAAUUGUCACAUGCAUUCGGAAAGUGCUGAUUUCUUGGGAGGAUUGCGCCCUGUCCGAGGAGAAUCUGAAGAUAAGCUGUUUGAAUGGAUGGAUGGUCCAUUGGUGUUGGCAAUGCAGCAGGGACAGUUCUUCCUAACUGACGAAAUUUCUUUAGCUGACGAUUCCGUUCUCGAAAGAUUGAAUAGCGUGCUGGAACCAGAACAGAAAAUUUUAAUCUCGGAAAAAUGCUUCAGUGGUAAUGAAAAAUUUGAAAUCACAGCAGAAAAGGGAUUUCAACUUUUUGCAACAAUGAAUCCUGGGGGUGACUUUGGAAAAAAAGAACUUUCUCCAGCUUUAAGGAAUCGCUUCACAGAAAUUUGGUGUCCUAGUAACAUCUCAAAUUACGAUGAUGUUGCAGCUAUUGUCGAACAAAACAUAAAGGAAGAUGCGGUUCACCCAAAAUACGUUUCAAAAAGUUAUACGGGAUUUGGAGUUGGUGUUGCCAAGUUCGUGUCAUAUUUCGUUGAAACUCCAUUUUACACUCAGCGAAGAAUGACGUUGAGUAUGAGGGAUAUUUUGACUUGGGUGGAAUUUAUAAAUAUGUCACCAGCUGGCUCUGAGAUUAGUGCAUUCAUCCACGGGGCUUUUCUGUUGUUCAUCGACAAUACAAAUAUUGAAUAUGUUAAUGAAAACAGUUGGAGACGCCAAUAUAUCCUAGAAGCUAAGACUCCGAAAACGAAUCUACUUCGAAUUUUACGUGCAAUGCAAUUGCCGAAACCCAUUCUUUUGGAAGGGAGCCCGGGAGUCGGCAAAACAAGUUUGGUUUCAGUUUUAGCUGAAAUCACUGGUCAUCGCUUAGUGAGGAUCAAUUUGUCUGAACAAACGGAUGUAUCUGAUCUCUUUGGUUCAGAUUUACCCAAAGAAGGUGGUGAAAGAGGAGAGUUUGAAUGGCACGAUGGCCCUUUGCUUCAGGCCAUUGUACAAGGGGAUUGGAUUCUGCUUGAUGAGUUGAAUUUAGCGUCCCAGUCAGUUCUGGAAGGACUUAAUGCUUGCUUAGAUCACCGAAGUGAGUUACACAUACCCGAGUUGGGCAAGACAUUCCCUAUUGAGAAAUUUUCUUCCAGAAUAUUUGGUUGCCAGAACCCUUAUUUUCAGGGUGGCUCAAGAAAGGGAUUGCCUCAAUCGUUCCUGAACAGAUUUACUCAGGUUUACAUGAACCCCAUGGAACUUGAGGAUAUGACACAUAUUGCUACAACUAAGUAUGAAGCCAUUAAUUUUGAUGUAGUUUCUGCUAUGGUGGAAUUUAAUAAUUCGCCUAAAUCUUCAUAUAAUAUUGGAGAGUACGUGAAAUUAAUUUAUACUGAUCGUAUGAGAACAAUCGAGGACAAAAACCAGGUGUGUGAAAUUUUCACAAAUGUCAUAAAAAGGCAUGGACUUGAUUCUGAUCAUGCAUUGAAAAAUCGGCAGUUACAACUAAAUGUGCUCGAUAAGUGUGUGCAGCUUGGUUAUUCUUUGGUGCCUUGCAAAGGAAGAAAUCGGUCGACCUCCAAAAUGCUUGUUGCUGCCCAUGAACAGUUACCAUACCUCGAAUCAUUAAUGAAAUGCAUAGAGAUGAAUUGGAUGGCAAUUUUGAUUGGACCAUCUGGCUCUGGGAAAUCGACUUUAGUAAGACUUUUAGCUGAUUUGUGCGGACAAGAACUCCAUAUCAUGUCAGUGAAUUCUGAGAUGGACACUAUUGAAAUCCUUGGUGGAUAUGAACAGUCCGACUUGAGUCGAAAGAUCGAAAGACUCUGCGAAAGUUUGGAACCUUUGACCCAGGAGGCAAUUUGGAAGGGUAUGUCCUCUGCAGACAAGAACAUUCGCAAUCUUCUCAAGCAAUUGCUCACUCUGAUUUUCCAUCUUACCAAUGUGGAGCAUCAGUCGGAUGUCACCCAUGACCGAACCAAGUAUUGCCUCAACACGCUGAAGCGCCUCAAGAGUUUAGUUGAAAUUAUAGAACAUUUCGAGAUCCAACAAGGAGAAGUCAGAGCUGCCAACUUUUGA